AUGUACUUCCCGAACUGCGUCACCCACGACACGACACAGCAAACUUCAACCCGUUGGGCAAAUCCAAUCCUUCCCUUCUUCACCAGUCACACACAGUCCACCAAGGAAAACGCGUCCCGAGCUAUUACCCACCGCGUUGACUGUAACGAGAUACCUAAAUUUCGUUGUUCAUGUUGCCCAUCGCUGUGUCUAGAAGUGAACCCCAUCCUAGACACAUUCCUUUGUUUUCACGACGUGUACCGUCCUUCUAGUAACAAACGUUUUGAUAGAAUGAAAAUUCAAAUUCCGUUGCUCGUGAUACCACUUUGGAUAAGUGGGACGUUUGCAUUUUCAGUCCCCUGCCCGUGUCCCAAUGCUGUAGCCACCACCGCCAACGGUCUCGCAUCGACACGCUGUCGGUCGUCCAAGAACAUUCAAUCCUCUUUUAUUGCCUUGAAAGCAACCAACGGGAAGGAUGGUAGCGUUAGCGCACAGGGUGACUCUGCAAUUCAAUGGGAACUCUUCCACAAGCAUCACCUUGGUGAUUGGAAGGGAAUUUGGACGACCUACGAUUACAUUGGUGAUGUGCAGGACGAAACGGUCGCUAGUGUAGAUAUUCAAGCCACGGGUGGUGACAAGGAUGACCCUACGAGUACGAUAGUCCAAACACACAAUGUCGUUGUGGGUGCCAAGCGCUCCGAUUGUGCCUCCUGCUUUGAUUCUAUGGAAAUCAAAUCCAUUCCGGUAGCUUCCUACAAAGCCAACGAUUUACGGAAAGCCCGGCUGGCCGCUUGUAGUAUGAUCAAUGGACCUUCCCUUCUCCGCUCGGGUACCAUGGCAACCGAGCUCGUCCUACGGCAUGGUGACGGUCGCGUGCGUGUCGUCUUUCAACACGCUCCAGUCUGGGCCAAGGAUGUUGAGCCGGGGUCCUGUCCACCACAAGGACUGAAACUCUUUCGCGCAAUGGUAUCACGCGAAGCCCAACGUGCAACAGCGCCGACGGCUGAAUCGGAAGCAGCGAAUCCACCCGUCGAGGGAAAUCCCGUAUUCUACCGACCCGUGCCACCGUUUCAUUGGCACAAAAAAUGGUCCGGGUCUUCCUGGACCUGGGGUCCCCAAAGUGGAAAUCGCGGAUGGAUGAUGGACGAAAUGGAAGAAGUUGAUGCCUGGCAUGGGAGUGCGCCGGUGGAAUGCUGGAAUUUGCGAUUGCCGGGAGGAGUGUUUAUUCAAGGACCACGUAUUGUGACCGAUGCCAAUACGGAACUCUUCCGAUUGGCCUGGUUGCCAGACGACGGAACCCUAUUGCGGGUGGAAGCGGGAGUGCUGGCCUUGCAGCCGAUGUUGGUCGAAGACGAUAUGAUGGUAGGUUUUGAACCGCCUAGCUUGGCAAGUUUGCGCUGUGACGUUUUGAAAAAGGUUGGCGAUUUGGAAGGUGAACCGAUGUUUGCCAGAAUCACGGACUACAAGCAAGAUGGGACGGUAGCGACGGACGGUAGCAAUGCGUCACUAAACGAAGACGACGACAACUCGAUGGGUCUACAAGCUAUUCGUGAUGCCCUCGCUCCGUGA